AUGGGGUCUUACAUCGAACCAGAAAAGGUCUUCACCUUGAAUACUGGCGCUGCAAUUCCAGCAUUUGGACUUGGCACGUGGCAAUCGGCGCCGGAAGAAACGAUCAAAGCAGUCAAGCAUGCCAUCUCAGUUGGAUAUCGACAUAUCGAUACAGCUUACUUCUAUGGUAAUGAGGAGUCAAUUGGACAAGCGCUCAAGGAAGUCCUGGAUGAGGGGGUGGUCGACCGCAAGGAUUUAUUCAUCACUACCAAACUGUGGUGCACCUAUCACACCCGCGUCGAAGAAGCACUCGAUAAAAGCCUUCAGAGUCUUGGGCUGGAUUAUGUGGAUCUGUAUUUGAUGCAUUGGCCGAUUGCCAUGAAUGCCAAUGGCAAUCAUGACACUCGGCCGAUGAAGGAAGACGGAAGUAGAGAUCUAGACACCACCAGAUCUCACGUCCAAACCUAUCAUGACAUGGAAAAACUGCUAGUCUCUGGGAAAGUCAAGGCGAUCGGGGUAGCCAACUACUCGGUCGGAUAUCUGAAGGAACUUCUGGCCAACUGCUCGGUCGUCCCAGCCGUGUGUCAGGUCGAACUGCAUCCUCGACUUCCCCAAGAAGAACUGGUAGCAUUCUGUCGUCAACAUGGCAUUCACAAUACUGCUUACUCUCCUUUGGGAAGUAGUGGUGCACCUUUGAUCUCCGAUCCAGUUGUGCAAGCACUGGCCACGCAAAAGGCAAAACCAGCUGGUAACAUCCUUCUCAACUACCAUGUCGAACGUGGAUGCUCUGUUCUGCCAAAGUCGGUUGAUCCAUCGAGAAUAGCGCAGAAUCGUCAGCUCGUGCCUUUGAGCAAAUCUGACAUGCUUGAACUGAGUGCCAUCUCCAAAGACCGGCCCAAACGAUUCCUGUGUCCUGAUUUUGCGGGACAAUUUGGGUGGACAGACACUAAAUAG